UUCUUGUGUUUUUGAAUAGAAGGGACUUUAAAAUUUAACUUACCUUCUAGAGAACAUUAAAAGAUUCAAACUCCAAACUGAGCUUUUGAACAUAGACAAGUUUUUGGUUGUCUUUUGUUCACAAAAUUCAUUUACAGUCUCAAUUAGGCAGUUGCAGAGCCAUGGCGGAUCUGUUUCAAAGCUCUACCAGAAUCCACACAACAAUUUGGGCACUAAAGCUGGUGCUGCUAUCUCUGGGGAUUAUAUCUACCCUUAUUUUUUUCAAAAUAGCUAUAAUCCCAUAUGUGUUUUCCGUCCUAUCUUCUCUUCCAUGCCUUUGGGUAUCAUUCAGAAGCUUGCUAUCUCCUCCUUACAUCCUCAUCAUCCUCAACUUCAUCAUCCUCACCAUCAUCGGCGUUUCCUCUUCGGCUUUCCAUAGCCAAACCCAUUUUCCCAAGACAGUAAGCUAUAAGAAACCAGUCCACAACUACAAUAAUUCUUUACCUGACAUCAUCUUUAAAGAAUAUAUGGAAGAAUACUCUGGUGAGAAAUUCAUGGAGGAUGCUCCAUCAUUGGAAACAUGUUCUGAUGACUCUUGUGUAACGGAUUCUGAAGAGAAUCUCCGGAAAGAAAAAGUAAUAAAAGAAGAAGAAGAACAGAAGAAGUCUCAACGUGGAUGGUCUGACUUUGAUAAGACCAGUGUCGGUGCUACGGCAGAAGAUAAUUCUGAGGAGAAAACACUUGAAGAGACAUGGACAAUGAUCAUGGAGGGGCAGGGGAAGAAGAAGGAAAAGCAGUUGAAGAAGAGUGAGACAUGGGAAAGAACACGGAAGGCAGCUGAUGAAGAUUCAGUGAGUCUGAAUAUCAUGAGGAAGAUGUCCAUCAAUAGGGAAGAAUUGCAGGAGCGAGCGGAAGCAUUUAUUAAGUUGUUCCAUAAUCAGAUGAGGUUACAAAAGCAGGAAUCCGACCAGCGAUUCGUAGAUAUGGUAAGUCCUGGUGUCUAGUAAAUCACAAGUACUUUCUAAUAGUAAAGUUAUAUUAUGAGUCAGCAUGCACGCGUCAAACUAUGUUUGUCUCAAUGACUCAUCAAUUAGAUCGAGAUACAGUUCAUAUGAAUACUAUGGUAUUUGAGAGAAAAUGGUAAGCUUUCUAGGAGAUGUUAUUCUAAAUCUCCUCUAAGCGAUCUCCAAGUGUUUUGUUUUUCGUUCGUAGGAAUGUACACGCACUUUGGAAUAUCUUGUUGUGUCAAUGUAAAUAUAGAUUAAUUAUCAAU